UGUAAUUCCUACACCGUUCACGUGAUUUGGAUGUAAAUAUCCUCAAAUGAAAGCUGAAAGUCUGCAGUUAAAGCACAUCUUGUUUGUUUCAUUUCAAAUCCAUUGUGGGGGUGUAUAGAGCCAAAAAGAUUAGAAUUGUGUAGAUGUCCCAAUAUUUAUGGACCUGACUGAUCAGAUAGCCAGUACUGAGCUGGCACGUAUAGCUGGAGAAUUUGAUGAAGGGGGGAGCCUGACAGAGGGACCCGGGAACAAGGGGGACGACUUGCUGGCUAUGAUGGACGAGCUCUAAAGGUGAACAUGGACGUGAGCCAUUCCAUUCGUGAACGCACCAUCGCCGAGAACAGUCUGGUGAUUCUUCUUCAGGGUCUGCAUGGCCAGGUGACCACCGUUGACCUGCGAGACGAGAGCACGGCAAGGGGAAGCGUUAUUAACGUGGACGCUUUCAUGAACAUCCGGCUGGAGAAGGUUCUGUACAGGGACAGACGUGGACGCGUGUCCAGUAUGGACGACUUGUUCAUCACGGGGCGAAAUGUGCGUUAUGUCCACAUCCCAGACAGCAUGAACAUUAUAGAGACGAUAGAGACCCAGCUCGCCAAAAUACACCGCGUGCGAAACUUUGGAGCAAGCGGUGGACGCAAAGAAUACUCUAAGAAAAAAUAGUUUUUAUGAGAAACUCAUGUUUGUCUUGCAAAUAUAUGGUUUUGUAAUGCAGUAUUAAUUUUCAUUAAGAAAUGCAAUCAUGGAGAAAAAUGUAAUGCAUAGUUUACUUUGAAAAUGUUGCUAGUUGGAGACUGAAAGAGCUCUGAAUAUCAUCUCUAGGAAAAGUGUGGGAAAAGUUAUUUCUGUUUAGUUUGCAUUACUCUAGUGGUUUGAAAAAGCGGUAAACGGUGAAAUAACCAUUGAUCGAUGUGUUCCUUAAGUUGACAUUGUGUUUGUUUAAACAACACAUCUUUUUACUUUUAAUAUUUGUUCUGUCUCUUAAUUGCGAUGUCAAUAUGUCUCAACCACAACUAUCUCUUAAUCACAAUAAUUAUGUUUAUAUGCAAAUA